AUGACUGAACAAGGUGUGACAGUACUUGAAGGUCCAAUUUAUGCUGUUGGAGGCCAUGAUGGCUGGAGCUACCUGAACACAGUGGAAAGGUGGGAUCCACAAAGUCAGCAGUGGACAUUUGUAGCUAGUAUGUCAAUUGCUCGAAGUACAGUUGGUGUGGCUGCACUGAAUGGCAAGUUAUAUUCAGUUGGAGGCCGUGAUGGAAGUUCUUGUUUGAGUUCAAUGGAAUACUAUGACCCUCAUACCAACAAAUGGAACAUGUGUGCACCAAUGUGUAAAAGAAGAGGGGGAGUAGGAGUGGCUACCUGUGAUGGUUUUCUUUAUGCUGUAGGAGGCCAUGAUGCUCCUGCUUCAAAUCACUGUUCUCGUCUUUUAGACUAUGUAGAAAGAUAUGAUCCUAAAACAGACACAUGGACCAUGGUGGCUCCUUUGAGUAUGCCUCGAGAUGCUGUUGGGGUUUGUCUCCUGGGUGAUAGGUUAUAUGCAGUAGGUGGAUAUGAUGGACAAUCUUACCUGAACACUAUGGAAUCCUAUGACCCACAAACAAAUGAAUGGACACAAAUGGCUUCCUUAAACAUUGGAAGAGCAGGUGCCUGUGUCGUAGUCAUCAAGCAACCUUGACCUGCUUAAAUUCCUUGGGAUUUGACUCACUGGAGUGAUUAUUUUUCUAUCAGAUGAUCAGAAUGGUAACUUUAUAAGAACAAGAUUUUAUGAAAAUUGAGCUACUGCUAUCAAAGAAGGUGGAAGAUCAAAAAGAAAGGGAAUAAGAGAACACUGAUCAGUCUGUUUUGGGACAAAUGUCUGGACAUGUAGUUAGCUGAGGAACUGGUUUUGGUACUUUGUUUUGUAGACUAUAUAAAAACCAUAAAUGACAAAAGUUGUGUCUUUUUUUUUAAAAAAAUCACCUAAAAGAUGAGAAACAGGUAUUUAUUUGUGGCAUGGCUAUUUUCAAAAACUACAGCAUUCAUUUUUUUAAUGUCACAUAUUUUAAGAGGAAGUCAGCAGCAGUGAACAUUCAUUAAUCAGGAUUCAUUUGAAUGAGUUAUUAUUUUCUUAACUUGAUGUGAUUUUUGAAAGAAAGGUGAAUAAUUUCUAUUAAAAUAAAAUUAUUUGAGAGGACCUUUAUUCAUCAUUUUCCUAAAUCAUAAUAAAAAUUAAGCAGAAAGACUCAUGAUUGCCUCUUCACCUUAGAAAACAAAAUAAAACAAAACAACUCUCCCUUCUACAAGAAAUGCACAAUGGUUAUCACAUUUUAUUCUGAAUGCCUAAACUAAUUGGACAUAGAAGAAGAAAAAUACUAUUUUAGCUAGAUUGUCCACAUUAUUUUGUUUGAUAAGAACAUCAACCAAAGAAUUAUGGUUUUACAAUUGACAUUUGCCUUGUGUUGAGUUCAAUGUAUGCAUGUGAGAUGUAGUCCUAGAGUACUUCUUUGCAUGUCUUGCAUGUUAAAGGCCAGAAACUACUUAGAAAAAUUAAAUUAUCUGACCUAUCAGGAUGGUGAUGUCAAGGUCUUAAAGUCACAAGUGUGAAAACAGAUCUCUAAUUCUUACUCCACCAGUGACUUUUUGGAGCCAAUAACACUGAAUUAUUUUAUCUGUUCCAAAAAGUUCUUUGUGAAGAAUACUUUGCCCAUGAACAAAAAUGAAUAAACAUUCAAGAAGCAUGGUAGUUUCUCAUGUAUACUCACAUUUCAACCAACAAAUGGUUGAAAUAAAGAUUAUUUUUGCUAAUGAGUGUUUUAUCUCAUUUUUUAAAAAUAAAAUUGAGAGGGAAACAGUGGUAAGAUAGAAUGUAAUGGAAAGUACAUUUUCACUGCCUUCCUCAGACCUUGAAAAGCCUAUAUCUACAUUAAACUAUCAGCAAAAGAUACCUCAUAAGUAGACCCAGCUGCCAUCAACAAGAGUAAAUCUUCAUUAAAACACUCACUUAACAUCAUCAGUACUUAAUGGAGUAUCUUGUCCCAUAGAAAAAGCAUACAAUAAGACUCAGGAGGCAUGUAAAGCUGAAGUGGGCAGGAACUGACAGAAUUGCUUUCUUCUGAACUAAUGAAAGCUUAUGUAAGAAUGGAUGAGGUCACAUUUCAGAUUCAGAAGCAUAAGGACAUCUGUCUUAACUAGUUAUCAUUCCUCAUAUUUAUUGGGUGCUUACAGUUAUUGAGAAUUCUUAAGAGGUAUUUCUUACUGCUAAGAUAAAUUGAAAUAAAAUUCAAAUAAAGGGAAAAUGAUAAUAUCUGGAAUUUUGAAAAAUAAAACAAAGGGAAUUCCUUAUUGCUUUUUUUUCUUUUGUGUUCUCUUUAUAGCACUAGGUUAUAUGGAAGGCUCGUAAUGGUUUUAAAGCCAAGUUCAGUAGAGAAUUUUCUACAUGCCAAAGUCAUGAAUAUAGAUACUAAAACAGUAACAA